GCCCCUCCCCCCAGGCGCCCGGGAGGCCGGGAGCGCGACGCGCGUCGUCGUGCGCCGGUUACCCUGCGUCCGGGCCGGUGGUCCCGGCAGCUUCUAGCCCCGCGCCAUGCGGCUCCUCGGGUGGUGGCAGGUCCUGCUGUGGGUGCUGGGACCUCCCGCCCGCGGCCUGGAGGUUGCAGAGGACAGCAGUCAUUUGCAGUCGGAGGAGCAGCCUGCUCCCUCCCUGCAGGCGGGAGCUGGGUUGGCCAGUGAGGAGGAGCCCCCGCGCGGCCCCGCAGGCCAGGACAUGUCUGCAGGAGAGGCCGGCUCAGUGCUGGGGCUGGAUGCUGACGGCGACCACGUGGUGAUGCUGUCCGUAAUCCCUGGGGAAACCGAGGACAAGCUGAGGCCCGAGCCCAGUGGCGGCACCUGUGGGGCCCGAGGGGAGCAGGACUCAAGGUGCAGUCUCCGGGAGCACAUAUUCUCUCUGGAUGGCGUGGGACCCGGCUUCCAGGACAGGGAGGAGGAGUAUUACGCAGAGCCUGAAGUGGCCGAAUCCGACCCGGCCCCACCGGAGGACUCCAAUAACACGGAAAGUCUGAAAUCCCCCAAGGUGAACUGCGAGGAGAGAAAUGUGACGGGAUUAGAAAACUUCACUCUGAAAAUUUUAAAUAUGUCACAGGACCUUAUGGAUUUUCUAAACCCAAAUGGUAGUGACUGCACGCUAGUCCUGUUUUACACCCCGUGGUGCCGAUUUUCUGCCAGUUUGGCCCCUCAUUUUAAUUCUCUGCCCCGGGCAUUUCCAGCUCUUCAUUUUUUGGCACUGGAUGCAUCUCAGCACAGCAGCCUUUCUACCAGGUUUGGCACCGUAGCUGUUCCUAACAUUUUAUUAUUUCAAGGAGCUAAACCAAUGGCUAGAUUUAAUCAUACAGACCGAACAUUGGAAACACUGAAAGUCUUCCUUUUUAACCAGACAGGUAUAGAAGCCAAGAAAAAUGUGGUGGUAACUCAAGCUGACCAAAUAGGCCCUCUUCCCAGCACUUUGAUAAAAAGUGUGGACUGGCUGCUUGUAUUUUCCUUAUUCUUUUUGAUUAGUUUUAUUAUGUACGCUACCAUUCGAACGGAGAGCAUUCGGUGGCUAAUUCCAGGACAGGAGCAGGAACAUGCUGAAUAGCAACGGACUGAAAGGAGACGUCGGGACAAGAAAUUUCAGAAAUUAGUGCUGCACUUCCUUACAUACUCUCCAGUGAAGUACAGACUUACAGCUUUAGUCAGAUUAAAAGAAUCAUGCAUUUGUUGAACUGUUGAAUGUGUUAAAAAAUUAUAAAUUGGUGUUUUAAUUAGUACUGCAAAAAACAAAUGCAAAUUCAACAGAAGUCACCAUUCUUGUUUUUACUAAUCCAGUAUUUUAAGGGGGGUAAUCCAGUUUCAAAUGGGAGCUGUGUUCAGGUGGAACAGUGCGUAGAAUGAUAGUUGGCUUCAUAGGAGGAGGAAAUAGGACUUUUGACAGUAUAGUUCUAGAAAAGUCUUGAUUCCUAAAAAGUCUUUAUGUCGAAGAAGGUUGGUUUCCGUUCAUUUGCAGUUUUUCUCUCAGAGCCUGUAAGCAGGAAAAUGUUCUGUUGUGGAAGAAGAACUAGAAUUGAUAAGUGUGACCUUGUAAGUAACUGGGAAAAUAAGAGUCAAGUACUUUGGUGUUUAUGAUCUCUAAUUUCACCGGAAGAAUUUGAAGUGGUUUAAAUCAUUUCUGGAUAGGGCAGAUGUUAGAAGAAAGUAAAUAUCAUCAAACUAAAGCUUAUUUAUUAACAGUUCUAGGCUAAAGCAUAACUCAAAUUUUAGUCAUUACCUAACCAGCAUGCACUGAUUCAACCUUAAAACGUUCUUGGCACUGUGCUAGUUUGUCAGAGCCAAAAGAAAUAUGUAACACUGUUCUUGCCUGCAAGUUGAUUCUAGUCUAGCUUAGGACAUAGGUAGAAAAGAGACAAUGUGUAAUUUAUACCAACUUUUUUGAAAAGCUGUUUCUAAAAGAUCCCUUAAAUGCAGAUAUAAGACAUCUGACCACAUAAUGACAAGUAACCUUUGUAGUGACUAUUUCCAGUGUUUCAGAUAGAGUAGUACAUUUUAUCACGCACCCUAAAUUCUAUGGAAAUAGAAUCUUAGUUGAGUCACCUUGUCUGAAUGUUAUGUUGGGCAGGAGUUUACAAUUUUAAGUUGUGGACAGCUAUGGCUGGGGUGGUCACUGGUGGAAGGGACGGUGGUUCAGAAAGGUACUAGUAUUUUUUUCACUUUACAAAUGAGCAGACUGAGGCAUGGAGAGAGGCUGAGUAACUUGCCCAGGUUACAUACACAGUAAGCUGAUGAAGCUGGGAUUUGAACCUUUGCAUGUAUGUGUGUGUGUACUUAUAAGAAAAACUUACAGUGAUUCCAUCUUUUAUAACAAUAACGAACAUUUGAGUCUGUGUGUGUUCUUACUAUUUUAAGUUCUUUACCUACCAUUUUAUUUAUUGGUACAGUAGCUCUGAGAUUGACACUAAUAUUAAAUAUCCUUGUUUUAUAGAAGGGUAAUAAAUGAGGCCCCAAAUAACCUGCUCUGGGUCAUGCAGCUUCCAGUAGGGGGACCCACGUUCCAAAGUAAGCAUGGUGACUGGAGGGGCCUCUGUGCCAUGAGCUGAGAGACAAUCAUAAUCCAUUACCCUCUUGUCUUUCUCCUUUGUUUCCCAUAGUUAGAGUCAUAACAUAAUUGUCAUUUAGCACCUUGUUUGUUUUGUUUUGCUUAACAAGUGAUAAAUAUUUCACUGUUGCCAAGAGAUUUCCUAACCAUGACUACCUAAUAGAUCUUUGAGAAGGUU